AUGACAUCUACACAGAGACGCCCAAGCGGCAAAGAUGAACCAGAGGACCUCCGUCGCCUCCGCAGAGAACAUGGAGGAUCACUUGCCACACUCAAAGAACUUUUCGCGGACUGGUCAGAGGAAGAUCUCCUGUACGCAAUCCAAGAUGCUGGUGGUGAUGUCGAGGCUGCUAUUCUCAGAAUCAGUGACGGCCAUGCCUCCCAGUGGGGUGAAGUCAAGGGCAAGAAAAAGACACCAAAGCCAAAGUUCACACAGCAGGAAUACCGCGGUCCUAGCCAACGCGGCGGAUUCGCAGAUCGCGGAUCGCGCGGUCGUGGAGAUGGUUUCCGUGGUGGUCGUGGCGGAUCAACCAGAGGCGCCCCUCGUGCCCAAAACGGAGGUGAUAGAAACACCCGCCCAGUGAAGACAGAGACAGAGGAGGCAUGGCCAGCUGUUUCUGAAAAGGCGGAGAGCGCUGUCGUGGAUGAGGCGCCUUCUUGGGCCAAGAUUACUGCUUCAAGCGUUACAGCUGCAUCUGCCGCUUCGGCUGCUUCUACUACAUCAGACGGAUGGGGCGCCACAGCCUCUCGGAGCACUCCCGCAGAGGACACCAAGCCAGCUCCAGCUGCAGAGACCGCACCCGCCGCCGAACCUACCAAGGACGUCGAUCCAUGGGGUGAUGCAGCUGCAAACCCCCCAUUGCCCGGCACUUCAACCCGCAAAGUCAAUACAUCUACCAUCCCCGCAGGAACGAAAAUGUCAUGGGCCAAGAUUGUGAAGCCAGAACCAGCUCCCCAGCCUGCUCCACCAAAAGUUAUACCCGCUUCCGCACCUGCGCCCGUGACUCAGAAGGAAAGCAAGCCAGUUGAACCUGUGCCCGAGCCCGUUGUUGAGAAGGAGGCUGUGCUCGAGCCCGAACCAGAGGUUGAGGUUGAAGUAACACCUGCCCCUGAGGAGACACCCGAAGUGAAGGAGGAGGAACCCGAGGUGGCCGAGCCUGCCCCAGCAGUGGAGGAAGAGAAGAAGGAGGAGCCAGAGCCCGUUCCUGAGCCAGUGGCAGAGCCCAAGGUCGAGAAGGAGCCAGAGCACACACCCGCACCCGAACCCGCACAGACAACUGCUCCUGCUCCUGCCCCCACAGGACCUCCCGGAUUGAAGCAGAAGCCAGCAUCACAGCCUCGCCGUUUGAACCAGGAUGCACCAGUCGUUAUUGCAGGAGGAGCUUCGUCGCUCCAGAGCAUGGGACUCAAGUUUGGCAGCUUCUCCUUGAACGACAAUGAUGAGCCUGAGACUCCAGAGGUCACUGAGACUCCAGAGGUUCCUGUUGAGGAGCCCGCUCAGCCUGCCCCCGCCGAAACUCAGCCUGCCCAACCCGCUCAGCCUGCCCAGCAGGCAACCCAGCAGCCUGCCCAGCAGCAGCCCUCUGCUUAUGGUCGCCAGCCAGCUGCCGCCCCCACCCCCGCUACCGUUCCCGCUGCCGCCGGACAGUCUCCCGCCACUGCCAAUGCCAAUGCCUACGCUAAGCAGGAUCCUGCCGCCGCCAACUACCUUGCUCAGCACCACCAUCACCCAGCCAUGGGUCUCGAUGCCAUGGGCUCACCCUACGGCUCGUACAUGCCUGGAGCUAACCAGCUCGGUUCGUUCGGCAUGGCUCCCAUGGCCUCCCUUCCCAACGAGUAUGCCGCUCUCUACGGUAACGACAUUCAACGCGCCAUGUACUACGACCCUGCCAGCUAUGGUCAGAUGCCCGCUACUGGCAUUAACAGCUACCAGGCCCGUGAUACCAAGUACAACCAGGACUCGACCGCGGCCGUUGGAACCACCGGAGCCAGCAGCACUGGAUCGACUCAGGCCCAGCAGACGCUUCAGCAGCAGCAGCAGCAGGCCUACCCCAACAUGGGAGGAAUGCCCUACUAUCCUUACUACUACAUGCCCAACCAGUUCCCUACUGCGUACCAGCAGUCUGGAUAUGGUCAGCCUUUUGUCAACAAGAACAUGUACCCCAUGUACCAGCACCAGCAACAGCAGCAGCAGCAGCACGGAUCGAACAAGCCUGGAUCAAACAGCAAUACUCCCUACGGAAACUACAGCUCUACCGGUGCCGGUCAAGGAGGCCACCAUCAAUACUCCCAGACAGGAUAUGAUGACAUGUCUGGAGCUGGACUCCACAACGGCAUGGGCUUGGGCAACGACUCGUACACUAAGUAUGGCUACCCCGGCACACAGAACUUUUUGGGAUCCCAGCAGGGAGCUACCCCUACGUCGACUGCAAGCAAUGCCAAGGGCAAUACUGGAUCUGGCAGCUACAACGGAGCUGACAAGAAUGCCGGCGCAGGAACCCAGCCUUCGAACGCCGCCGGUGGUGCGUCUCUCCAGGGUCAGCAGGGCAGCAUGAACCAGGGUCAGCAAGGCUACUACCAGCAGCAGAUGUUCUCGAACUAUCAGUAUCCCAACCACCAUCAGGGUUAUCACCCCAGCCAGCAUCAGGGUCAGCACCAGGGUUCAGGCCGCAACAACGGCAACAACAACCAGCAGUACUGGACGCAGUGA